ACGGUGAAUGCACACGAAACAGGUGCACGCAGUCAAUUACUUCAUUUCUACGGUAACUCCGGUGGAUCAACCAUUAGAAGACAAGUGUGGUGCGGUGAUUCAAACGUUUUGGUCACAAAUUAAUAAACUUUGCAAGUGAAAUUUAUUAAUUUGAUUGCAUUGGUGAAAAUUUAAUUUUUUAAGUGCUUUAUCGUUUACUCAACAUGUAACAAUAAUUGUAACAGUAUUUUUUAUUUUUAAUGAUAAGUGCAUAAAUUUGAAUACGUGAUUUUUCCUAAUAAAUAAAGUGCUCCAGUUGCCAAGGAAACCAGCGAAUCAAAGUGGCGUGAUGUCGAAACAAUGGCCACCAAGUGUUAUAAUGCGUACAUUAACGCCCUUUGGGCAUUUACGCUGCUUGUCCAUCUGUCAGCAACUCAAGGUUUGAGCGACAACCGCUGUUACUUAGAAAACGGCGCCUCCUCCGAAAACUUCUUCGUUUCUGAGAACAACUCCGUGGGUUCCAUCAUCGGCCAAAUCCGCGUCCACGGUGACCCCCGGCCCGGCGGAACCAUCGCCCUUCAUCUCAAAGAAACCGAUAGUCCCGUCGCCAUCUCCCCCGGAACGAAAAACCUAACCCUCCGUCGCAAACUCGACAAGGAAGGCAUCGACGGCCCCUCCUCAGUCUUCGUUAACCUCAUCUGCGAACGCCUUCACACCCUAGACCCCGGUUUCGUCAUCCCCAUCAACAUCCGAGUGACCGACGCGAAUGACAACUCCCCCGUAUUCAUAAACGCACCCUACGUGUUGAACAUUUCCGAAGUGACAGUUGUGGGCACGCGAGUGCUGCAGGGGGUCCACGCUGUCGACAACGACCAGCAGGGCCCUUUCAGCAGUGUCAAAUACUCGGUGCUUCCAGGCCCGCAUUCCGACUAUUUCGAGUUCGAGAAUGAGCUCGAGGGGACUCUAGUCUUGAAGAAACCACUAGACUACGAAACGUUGAAGAGUUUCGAUGUCAAUAUCCGGGCCCAAGAUCAUGGUGAACCUCCUAGGAAGACAGAUACUGUCUUGACAGUCCACGUGGUGGACGCCGAUGACCAAAACCCCCGCUUCCUCGACGACAGGUACACUGCAACUGUGCCAGAACCUCCGAAACGCGGAAGCGCCUUAAUCACUAAACCCAGAGAAAUCAAAGCUUUCGACCAAGACCUCGGGAUUAAUGCCCCGAUUUUCUACACUUUCAACGGUAUUGGAACCGAUUACACAUACUUCAAGAUCAAUCGGAAUUCCGGAAAAGUCACCCUUUCACGGGAUUUGGGUGAUGGUGAUUUACAACAUCCGGCCACUUUGGUCAUUAGGGCCACUCAACAAGAUAAUCCCGACCGUUACGCUUUGGCCACAUUGACCGUAUCGAGAGAUGUAGGUAACGGGAUAAGAUUUUUGCACAGGAUUUUUUACAUAAAAGUCCCAGAAUCGACUCCUGUCGGAGCGACUGUUUCCACUUUUACUAACAAUAGGCCUAAUCAGCAUUUGCGUUAUUUUGUGUCGGAUCAGAAUGUUCUAAAAACGUUUGCGAUUAAUACUAAAGGAGAACUUUCGUUGAAGAAAAAGUUGGAUUAUGAAGACAAGGCAGAACAUAUUUUCAAAGUGUUUGCCACGGACGGGAUAACGAACGACUCCAGCGUCGUGAACGUAACCGUUGAAGACGUAAAUGAAUGGGAACCCCGUUUCCGCUACCCUCACUACGAGUUUUUCGUCACUGGCCAACCCAACGAACUAAUCGGCCGCAUCGAAGCCGCCGACGGUGACAAAAACGACAAACUCACUCUAACCCUAACAGGCGUAAACGCCUCCAACUUCUUCAUCACUCCUACCGGAGAGUUACGACUGCGUGAAGCCGGACCCCAUUCAGGAGUUGCGAACUUAGCAGUUGUAGCCACCGACAGUGGGAACCCUCCUCGAAGAGCCAGUGUUCCAGUAACAGUGCAUUUCCCCGAUUCUGGAGACGUCGCCGGAAUCAUAUCCUCGAGGGGCAACAAUGGGGCUCCCCUUCUCCUGGCCGGACUUGGUGCAAUUCUCCUACUUCUAGCUUUCGUAAUAGCGUUACUGGUGGCUUAUAUUUGUAAAGCGAAGAGGAAUCCUAGGCAGGAAUUGCCAACACUGCAGCCGGAGAAGUCUCAAGCCACGCCUACAGUGGCUGAAAGGAUGAAUAAUCCGAUGUUUGGGGACAGGGUUAAGUCGCCGAUGGCGACUGCUAUGGGGGGAAUACCGAGUGAUUUGGUCAAGUCGAGGAUUCCAAGUCCGAAAGUGCAUCCAGCACCGCAGCCGCCAGCGUGGCCAUCUUCCGCAUCGUCGACGAGAACUAAAAAGUUGAGUUGGGGAGAUGACAAGACUGACUCAGAUAGUACAGACAAUAUCAACAAUAUUGAUACAACGCCAAAACUCAUAGACAAUUCAAAUUUAACUGUUUAUUUCUGAUGCAAGUUAAUCAGUUAACAAGUUUUGUAAAGAUAAUGAACAUUUUUAGAAAUAAAAUCUAACAAAAGUAUU